GAAAUGAAAGAAUUCAUGUAAGCAGAACAGAGCAUUUUUUCAUUUCCUAAUGCGCCAUAUCCUGUGGCAAAUUUUUCUUAUCUAUCUAUCUUACGUUCUAACAAGUUUCGACUAAACUUCAUUUAAAAAAAGUCGAUUUUCAUCAAGAAUUACUAUCUGAAGUACCAGGCUCACAAGAUGUCGAGAGGGGAAUUUGGAGGCCGAAGACCAAUGUCUUCUAAUGGUCGAGGGGAAUCAGAAUAUGAACGACUUUGUAAACAAGCUGGAAGUAAUAUACAGCAAAUCACCCUUAAUGUAAAUGUUAUGCAAAAGUUGGUUAAUAAGUUGGGGACGUCAGAAGAUGCAAUACCAGUCCAAGAAAGAUUACAAAAUACAGAAAAAAGUACAAAGUCGCUAGCAAGUGAAACAAGUUCCAUGAUUAAACAAUUGCCUCUUCUUGAGGCUGAAGAUCCUAUGGAACAGAAACAACGCAAGGUUCAAGUGAAUCGACUUCGUGAAAACUUUAUGGAUGCCUUGAACAACUUUCAGUCUGUUCAGAGGGAAGCAGCUGACCGCGAGAGAGCAUUUGUAUCAAAAGCUCGAGCAAAAUCUGACAAUUUCGCACCUUUUGGUCAAACUGAGCCAAGUGGAAUAUCUUAUGAUCAUAGAGGUCAAUCAACAACUAUUCAGGUGCAACAGGAAGAUGAAAUUAAUGUUGAAUUACUUGAGGAACGCGAGAGAGCAGUCAGACAACUGGAGAGUGAUAUCAUGGAUGUAAAUGAGAUAUUUAGGGAUCUGGGGACCAUGAUUCAUGAACAGGGAGAGAUGAUAGAUAACAUUGAGGAUCACGUUGUUACGGCUGGUACACAUGUAGAAGAAGCAAAUACACAACUACAGAAAGCCAGCGAAUAUCAGAAAGCAUCUCGUAAAAAAAUGUGCUGUCUUUUGGUGAUUUUACUUCUUGUUGGAGGUGUGAUUGCUAUAAUCAUUUGGCAGACUACGAAAAAAUCAUAAUAACUUCGUAAUCAUAAUAACUUCGAAUUUUUAUGUAUAUCUUCCUUAAACUACACAUUAUAAUCAGCUUGCGUAAUGCUCAAUGAAAAAAAAGCAAUUUAAUGGAAGGAAAAUGACUUUAAGGACAACACUGACAUAGUAUAAAAUAUGCAGUAAAAAAUUUAUCUGGAAACCAAGCAUAAUUUGAUAUGUAAUACUAGAUUACGUGCAAUUGACGUUCUAGCAAAUAAACUCUAGGAAUCUUA